ACAGCACGUGGCUGUCUGUCAAUAUCCAGUUAUCGUCUGCUACCAGAGACUGCAUGCAUAAAACCACCGUACAAUUGAAUUACUCACUGAUAUAAUAUACCAGGUACAGCAUAGUGCAGUCAGUGUUGAUAUUUUGUGCCUGUUUGUUUCAUACACAUUGGUAUCAGGAAAACAUUGAGAUUUGUGGAAUUACAAAUAGGAUUAAAGAAGAUAAACAAGAAAAAUACAUUUAGACACAUAUGGCGGGAAUUGAUUCGUUUGUAGGAAGUUGGAGGGAAGAAGAGAAGACGGGAUUCAAUGAAAUGGCAGAUGCAUUAGGUCUACCUGCAGAAAAGAAAGAAUUCUUUAAGCAAGCCCGGACAGAGAUUACUUACAGUCAAAAUGGCGACGAAUGGGAGAUCACAGUAGGCAUGGCAGGUGUCCCAGACAAAAGAACAUUCAAGUUAAAACUAGGAGAAGAGUAUGAAUCUGCGUCUUUAGAUGGUUCUCCCCUCAAGAGUGUGAUGACGGCUGAUGGUGGGAAAUUUGUAGAAAAACAUAUAGAUAAAAGUAUGAACGAUAUGGAAAUGAAUAUCACCAGACAUAUAGAAGGAGAUAAAAUGGUCGUGGUGACGAAAGUAGGGUCUUUGGAAAUGCAGUCAAAAUAUGGAAAAAUAUGAGUGUAGCUCCAAGUAAUCCCUAAGUGACAUGAAACGCAUUGUGGCUUUUAGAAUUUGUGCUUGGAUAAAAUGACGUGAACAUUUAAGUGUAUUACUGUGUAAUAUCUCCGGUCGUGUCUGCUUCAGUAUUCGAAUAUUGUAUGGAAGGACAGUUAGGUUCUGUAAUAUUCAGACCUAUAGGUGUUCCGCUUUUUAUGUUGUUAUGGUUCAUAUUUAUUUCUCAUCUCUAUACUUUCUUAUGAUCGGACCAUUUGACAUAAAUAUCAGUGUAAACAUGCAUUUUUAUCAAAUUACCAUUAUUUAUUAUGUAAUAUUUCGUUUAUCAAUAAUAAAUGUCUGCAACAGACUAAA